AUGAAGUCAUCAAGGUCAUCGUCAUGGGCUAUUGGAGGAUUAGUUGUCUUUUUGGCAGCAGGUGUACUCGCACAGGUUCCUUCUUCAACUCCUAGUACAACAUCAACUGCCGCUGUAGUACCCACACAAGUCCCUUCCUCACAACCAUUGCCUCAUAACCCAGUCUAUCCUGAUACACCCAGAGACAAUCGGACAAGUCCAUCUUUUCCAGACUCUGAAUAUGUCAAAUUGCUCGAUUAUUCCUUGCGGUUCUACGAAGCCCAGAGAUCGGGCAAAUUACCUCCAGAUCAACGCGUAACAUGGCGCAAGGAUUCUGUUCUGGACGAUGGCAAAGAUGUUGGCCUGGACUUGUCAGGGGGUUACUUUGAUGCUGGAGACUAUCUCAAGUUUACAUUUCCUCUUACCUUCGCCAUGACAGAGACCUGCUGGGGAGCGCUAGAAUUUUGGAAAGGCUACGAAUUGGCUAAUCAAACGCGUUAUCUUGAUCAAAUGGUACGCUGGGGCAUGGAUUGGUUAAUUAAAGCGCAUCCCAAUAACAACACGCUCUUUGUACAGAUUGGUUUGGAUCAAAUUGAUAACAACUAUUGGGGACCAGACACCAACAUUCCUCGUCCACGCCCAUCAUUCCAAGUCAACAAUACCCAUCCAGGAACCGAUGUGACAGCAGAUGCAGCAGCAGCAUUUGCAUCUUGCGCUAUGUUGUAUAGGGAUAAAUUCAAUGACACAGCCUACUCCAACACAUUACAGACCCAUGCGGAUUCACUCUUCCGACUUGCGGAAACAGCCACACCACAGCAACUAUAUCAAGCAGCAGUUCCAGCUGUUGCAUGCUGUUAUAAAUCAAGCUCGUUCCUGGAUGACUUGGCUUGGGGUGCUGCUUGGAUGUACAAGUUGACCAGACAGUCUGUGUAUGCUCAAAAGGCUAGUCAAUAUAUUGAUCGGCUCAAUAUAUCUAAUAUCAAGAUAUCAGCCGUGAGUUGGGAUGACAAAGCAGGAUUUGUUUACGUUCUGAUGGCUGGAGCAACUGCAGGCACAGGCGACAAUAGUGCAAAAUGGCAACAAAUGGCUGAAAAAUAUGCCUCCUUUACAACGAAGGCGAGCAAGCCAUGUUUAAUGACCAAAGGUGGAUUGUAUUAUUGUACAGGCGAUUCUGGAGACGAUUCGGCAGUGGUGGCAGCAAAUGCAGCCUUUAUACUACAAAUUUUUGCGAGUCAGCUGACUGCUGCUGCGGGAGGCCAGAGUAUUGAUCCAAGCGUUCAGGAGAGAAUCGAUAGCUACCGAUCCUUUGCACUUGGACAAGUUGAAUAUCUGUUGGGCGAUAACCCUUUAAAGACCCCAUACGUUGUGGGUGUCCACCCAAAUUCCCCUGCUAACCCCCACUCCGCACCCGCGUCUGGAGGCACAGAUGUAGACAAUAUUGAUUCCAGUCCCGAAAAGAUGAUGUAUACCAUCUAUGGAGCGCUCGUUGGUGGUCCUGACAAGAACGAUCGCUUUUCGGAUAUUCGUAGUGACUGGCAGCAAAGCGAGGUUGCUUUGGAUUAUAAUGCACCUUUCAAUGGCUUGAUGGCAUAUCAAGUCAUGACAUCGGAAGUUGCACCGCCAUAUGUGGUCAUUCCUGCAGGUAGACCAGACCUUCCUCCAAUCUUGAAUGGAAUGGAGGUCUGGCAAAUUAUUUUGAUCAUCGUUGCAUGUAUCUUUGUUGUAAUUGCAAUUGGAGCCUUCGUUUGCUACCGCAAACGAGACCAGAUUCGUGCCUGGGCAAAUGCAAAGAAAGAAAAGAAGGCCAACGACUAUUCAACUGCACACCCGAUGAAACCAACCGUGAACAGGAAUAAUAAUAGUAACGCUAACACUAGUAAUACAAAUGACAACAAUCAAGAUCAAGCUGUCCGUUCUUUAGCUGUUCCUCCACCUCCACCCAUACGUAGCAAUCAACAAGAACAGCAACAACAGCAACAGCAGCAACAGCAUCGGCCUGUCCCACCACCUCCACUGCCUGCUAGAGGCGAGCCUGUGCUCCUUGAAAACGUGCAUCGCUCGUAA